AUGGAGGGACCCGGAAUGGACUCAAUAAAUUGGGAUGAGCUUGCCGAACUGCGGGACUAUAUUUCUGGCCCCAUGAACUCCGGCGAUUAUCCGACCCCGCGGGGUAGUGAUCACUCGGCUGGCAUCUUCCACAACAGCCGGGCUAUUGCGAGCCAACCGUCGAAUCAGGUGCACACAUGCGGGAGCGCGCUCCGAGAUGUCGUCGCGGCGGACCCUUCGCCACGCUGGGCCCAACUCCAAUCUGGCCAGGAGCCAAUCUUCACCUUCGAUUUCGAUGUCUGGUUCGGAAUCAACAACAUCAACGGCGCGUGGGUAUCGAACACGGAGAGAAAUGUCGAGGUUCAUUGUGUGAAGAGCGAGGGAUGGCUUGCUGGUGAUCAGAAGCCGAGAUGGGUCACCAUGGUCAACGAAUCCCCCACUCAUGCAGUCAUCUACAACCUACAUCACUGCGAUUCUGGUCAGGUAAUUUGGCAAAGAAAACUCAAUCCCAAACAAAUCGAAAAGGUCACGAUCCCCUUCGACGAGGGAACAGUACGCUUGUUAGUUCUGGCGGGCCCCAAGAUGCCCGGGGCCGUGGCUAUGAUCAUGAGCUCACACGGCGGAAAAUCUACCCCCAGGGCCAGGGGCAGUCGAUCACGCGCACAAAGAUUUACCCCGCUAAGCGGCAGGAGGCCACGCCGACCAAAAUCCACCCCCGGUGGCCGUGUGGACCAUAAAAAUUGGCCAAACCUUUGA